UUCCCCGCACUUUCCGUAUGUAGCUGAGCCUGAAACAGCUGAAACGGAAGAAGCUUCACGUGGUUCCCCUCCCUCUCCCUCACGCGACGCUGGUAUCUUCCAACCACCAGAGCACCGCAAUAGAAAACGCCCCGCUAACCGCCGCGCGCCCGGGGCACGGCCCGAUCGGCGAUCGCCUACCCAUCCAUACAUACACGAAGUGAUUGAGACCUGGUUAGAAGUAGGAGCGAGCGAGAGCCACUAAUUCUACGAAUCCCAACAAGACGGACAGAGGAAGAAGACGACCGAGCAGGAAGAGGAGCAGGAGGAUAGUACAAUAUUGAGCUUCGUCGCGCGCGGAAAGAGCUUUUUGGUACUAGGUGUUUGUACUUUGUUCGGUAGCUUCCUCUACCGGCCGCUGGCUGACUUGUUCGAGGGAUCUUUUGUUUCUUUUCCGGUUUGGUAGCUUCCUCCUCCACCGGCUGAUUGUUCCGUCCCAACUGAUUCAUCUAGGACUCUAGGUAUAUAGCUAUCUGGGAUCGUGCUAGUGGAUAUAUAGCUAGGCGCGUGUUUCCUUUUCUCGGGUUUUGUCGUGGUUGGAUGAGUGCUGCGUUGGUGCGGGAGGGAUCAGGAGCAUGGCGCCGGUGAGCAGGUUAGGCUGGUCGUUUCUUGCCCACGAGAUCAAGAGCAGCGAUGGUUUUCUCGGCGCCUCGACGUCCCACGCUUCGGGGCCGGCCGUGGCGCCGCCCGCGCCUGUCGCAAAGCCGGAGCCGGGGCCGGGGCCGUCGGCGGCGGCGGCGAGGAUCACGCCGGCGGUGCUGUUCAUCACGGUGGUGCUGGCCGUGGUGCUGCUCGCGUCCGGGCUGCUCCACGUCCUGCGCCGCCUCUUCAUCAAGACCCACCGCGCCAAUGCCAGGGCGGAGGCCGUGGAGCGGCAGCUGCAGCAGCUCUUCCACCUGCACGAGGCCGGCGCCGGCCCCGGGCUCGACCAGGCCGCCAUCGACGCGUUGCCAGCCUUCGCCUACUCUGAGCUGUCCGCCACAACCGGCGCCAAGCGGCAGUUCGACUGCGCCGUCUGCCUCACCGAGUUCGCCGCCGACGACCGCCUCCGCCUGCUCCCGCCCUGCGGCCACGCCUUCCACGUCGGCUGCAUCGACACUUGGCUCGCAUCCAGCUCCACCUGCCCGCUCUGCCGCACCGUGCUCUCGGCCCGCGCGCUCGCCGCCGCGCUCGACGCCUCUGAUGCUGAGCCGGACAUCGAGGUGCAGAAGCUGGAGGACGCGCCGAAGGAACCCAUCACGCUCCCCGUCAGGCUCGGCCGGUUCAAGAACGUGCAGGGCAGCGCCACCGCCGACGGCGAGACGGGCACCAGCAGCCGCCUCGACGGGAGGAGGUGCUUCUCCAUGGCCUCCUCCUACCAGUACGUGCUGGCCGACGACAGCCUCGUGGUGUCCGUGCGCUGGCGGCCCGGCGAUGGUAGCGCGGCCAUGCGUCCGGGCGCGGCUGCGGCGAGCGGCGACGAGCAGGGCAAGAAGGUCUGCGCCGUCAGCCGCGGCGACAGCUUCUCGGUGUCCAAGAUCUGGCAGUGGCGCCGCAGCGGCGGCAGGCAGCUUCCCGGCCUCCGCGCCGGCUCCGCGUCCCCGACGGACGACGCCCCGCCGUGGGCGUCGCCGCCGAGGACGAGGCAAGAAACCGACUCCUGAUCAUGACAGAAUCUACAUUGCACAGCAGUAAUCUACACACACACAUACAGACAGACAUGUAUGUCUUCCUGUGCCUUUUGUGGAUCAUCGAGCUUGUAAUGAGCAUUUCUUGAUAGGGUUUUGCUGGUGAUUAAUCGGUGAUCUCGUAUGCCAUUUCCCUGCCUACAACCAUGUACAAAGUAUCAUCAGUACUGACAUCAAAAUUGCAACCUUGAUACAUUUUGUA